AUGCGUGGGAGCCGGGCGUGGAGGCGGGGUAUGUAUAACGGCGGGCCUAACGAGCUCCGUCUAAGGGAUUUGCAUAAGCUCAAAGAGCUCUGUCUGAUCGCCAGGGAUGUUGAGCCUCAACCCGUUGUGGCUAUGAAGUACCGGAGUGGGCCGAGAGGAUCUUUUGUAGAAGGCCAAAUCAUCCCGCGCUGUGAAAAAAAUGCUGGAAUGGUAGAGCGCAUGGACUGGAGUAUUUGCCAUGGUUUUGACUACCUUGAGGCCCCUGGAGAGCUGGACAGCACUUGUGUGAUUUUCAUGUCCGACAACGGCACCGAAGGAGCUUGCAUGUCCUACAAGCGGGCACAAAGUAGUGUCACGGACACAUUCUCCUGUUUGGUAUAUGUCUAA